UACGUCUGGGCCACGGAGACAAAACCUCGGCGGCGGCAGGAGAAGGAUGCCCCUCCUGCCGGUGCCGUAGUCAUCCAGCAGAGCUCGAAAACCAACUCUUUCAGUGUGUAGCUGGACUGAGAGCGAGCGCUACAAACACUCCGUCUGCCCAACUUAAGUGAUGGACUGCAAUUGCCCUGUCACUACGGUAGGGCCGAGCCUGGCCUCCGUAUGCGGAGGGGCUCCGUUCAUGCUCUUUAUGGGCCUGCUUGAGGUGUUCAUUCGCUCGCAAUGCGACCUCGAGGAUCCCUGCAGAAGACCUGGACCAACACCAGCUCAGCUUGGCGGCCGGCUGUUACUCGACCCACCUCAUUACGACUUUAUUGUGGUCGGCGGUGGCUCUGCUGGUGCUGUGGUCGCAGCUAGACUAUCAGAAGUGGAAAAUUGGAAUGUGCUCCUUUUGGAAGCUGGCGGCAAUGAACCCACUGGAGUCCAGGUUCCUUCAAUGUUCCUCAAUUAUUUGGGCAGCGAUAUUGACUGGAAAUACCACACCGAACCGGAGGACAACGCCUGCCUGGGCGAGGAAGGUCGCAAGUGCUACUGGCCGCGAGGAAAAGUGCUUGGCGGAACGAGUGUAAUCAACGGGAUGAUGUACAUACGUGGCAGUCGCAAAGACUUUGACUCCUGGGCCGAAGCUGGCAAUAACGGCUGGUCGUACAACGAGGUGCUGCCCUACUUCCUCAAGUCCGAAGACAAUCAGCAAAUGGACGAGAUGGACCGUGGCUAUCACGCCACUGGUGGCUACCUGACCGUCACCAGAUUCCCUUACCAUCCUCCACUGUCUUACGCCAUUCUUGAUGCUGGACGCGAGCUCGGCUACGACACGCGUGACGUCAACGGCGAGCGCCACACCGGCUUCAUGAUUGCCCAGACCACCUCUCGCAACGGCUCCCGUCUCAGCACGGCCAAGGCCUUCCUCAGGCCCGUCCUCAAUGAGAGACCUAACCUUCACGUCCUCGUCAACUCAACCGCCACGAAGGUGCUGAUCGACCCGUCCAACAAGCGCGCUUACGGCGUGGAAUUCAUCCGCGACAACGUCACGCACCGCGUGUACGCUCGCAAAGAGAUCGUGGUGAGCGGAGGCGCCGUCAACUCUCCUCAGAUUCUCCUGCUGUCGGGCGUCGGCCCAAAGGAAGACCUCCAACCCCUGGGAAUCCCUGUCAUCCACGACCUGCCCGGCGUCGGCCGAAACUUGCACAACCACGUUGCCUACUUUGUUGGAUUCACCAUGAACGACACAGACACCAGGCCUCUUAACUGGGCCACCGCGAUGGAGUAUCUUCUCUUCCGCGACGGUCUGAUGGCCGGCACUGGCAUCUCUGAGACGACGGCCCUGAUAAACUCUAAGUACGCCGACCCUGCUGCCGACAACCCCGACAUCCAGCUCUUCUUCGGCGGAUACUUGGCCGACUGCGCCAAGAGCGGACAAGUGGGCGAAGUUGGAGGCGAAAACACCAACUCGUCGAGGCACAUCGUCAUAUUCCCCGCCCUCCUGCAUCCGAAAUCUCGAGGUCAAAUUAAGCUGAAGAGCUCCAAUCCUCUGGAGCCACCCGCAAUCUACGCCAGGUACCUCACCGAGCCUGAAGAUCUCAAGCGACUAGUCGAAGGCGUCAAGUUUGCCGUGCGCUUGGGAGAAACGCAGGCGCUCAAACGUUACGGAUUCAAAAUCGACUCGACCAAAGUGAAGGGAUGCGAGCAGUACACGUUCAACACGGACGCAUACUGGGAGUGCGCCGUCCGCUUCAAGACUGGUCCCGAAAACCACCAAGCCGGCUCCUGCAAAAUGGCCCCACCUUCCGACCCUGACGCAGUCGUUGACAGCGACUUGCGGGUAUAUGGAAUUGCUGGAUUGAGAGUGGCUGAUGCGUCCAUCAUGCCCACUGUGACCAGCGGCAACACCAACGCCCCUGCCAUAAUGAUUGCUGAGAAGGUGGCAGACUCCAUCAAGGCAACGUGGUUAUCCAGGAAGACCUACACCAAGAACGUCUGAUGAUUUGUGCCGAGUGCUAAGUGCACAAGACUUCUAUCAAAGAUAAGGUUACUUCUCAAAGUGUUACAAAUAAAACAAUUUCAUUACUGAAUAUGAUUAAAUUUAGGCAGCAGAACAGCCAUCUAAUGACUUAAAAAGUUUCUAAGUUAUCGUCUUUAACUUUUUGGAUUUCAUAUUUUUUCUACUGCUCAGCCCUUCAACUAAAUUCUUUCUGAGUCUACCGUUAAUUCCCUUAAUUAUUGAAAGAGAUAAUUAAAGGUGAAGUUUUUCAUUAAAUCGAUUAAAUCAAUAAUUUUAGGUAUUUAUUUCGCACCUAUAUCUGUGACGAGCACAUUUUUGGGCUCAAAAGUAGUGCACGCUCUCCAUAUAAAAAUGUUUUUCAAAUAUCAUCCCACGAGAUUUUUGUUUUAUGCAGUUACAUGAUAAAUUGAUAUUUAAAAAUGUCGUGCAGCUGGAACAAAGGAGCAUUAACAGGCGGCGCGUUUAACCACCUGCAAGCGAGAAAGCUGUGUUUUGUUGUUGCGCUCUUUCUGAGUGUGUAGGAAAUAUUGGCUAUAUUAUGCAUCAACUACUUACUCGUUUAAACUGUUAUGAUUGAUCAUUUCCCCUUUACCUCUUCAUGUUGUCUGUGUUUCUCACCAAUAUUAAAAUAAUUUAAUUAAUCAAAAAA